AUGCAUCCUCACAUCAAACCCGCCGUCUUCCUCGCGACCAACUACCUCUUCUUCCAGUCAACAACCGCCCUCGCCCAAGAACACCAAGCCAUCGCCAUCCCUCAACUCCAAACCGACAUCAACCAAAUCCAAGAACAAAACGUGACCGACACAAACAACAACGACAACCCCAUCCAAGUCGUCGACCCCUCCGACCAAACCAGCUACAUUUCUCCCAACAGUCCCACAGCGAUCCCUACUGCCUCAUCUUCUACAUUAGGUCAAUUGGUAAUUUGCACGACACUUACGGGCGAGAAUGAAGCGCUUUAUGGAGCGAGUAGUGAAUGUCGAACAUAUGCGGCUUUGACGAGUUUUGCGAGUUUGACGGGGACGGCGGCUACGGCGGGCAUUUUGACUGCUAGUGAGACGAGGAGUGGGAUCGGUGGGGUGAGGACGACAAUGGUUAGUGAGACGAUGGUGACGGGGACGAGGACUGCAACUGCUACAGAGGAGACGGGAACGGCGAGGCCGACAGAAACGGGACAAGCAGAGAGUGGUGCGGAAAGGGGAGUGGGAAGUUAUGGGGUGUGGAAAAUGAUAUUUGCAAGCGGCGUGGUGGUUGUUGGUGUGGUGGGAAUGUAG